AUGACUAUCCCAGAUGAAGUCGAUAUCAUUGUCGUCGGCGGUGGCAGUGCUGGCUGUGUUUCCGCUGGUCGUCUCGCCAAUCUCGAUCAUAAUCUUCAGGUUCUGCUGAUCGAGGCGGGCGAAGAUAACCUGAACAACCCACAAGUUUUCCGACCUGGUAUCUACCCACAGAAUAUAAAGCUUGAUUCUAAGACAGCCACCUUCUACCAUUCUCAACCAUCGAAAGCUAUAGAUGGACGGAGAGCCAUUGUGCCAGCUGCGCGGGUCCUUGGUGGAGGGAGUUCAAUCAACUUUAUGGUGUAUACGAGAGCCUCGGCCUCGGAUUAUGACGACUUUGAAGCCAAGGGAUGGACAACGAAAGAGCUUCUGCCUCUCAUGAAAAAGCCUGAAACCUACCAGAGACACAGCACGAAGCGAGACAUCCACGGCUUUGACGGUCCAAUCAAGGCCUCCUUUGGAAACUAUACAUAUCCAAUCAUGCAAGAGUUUCUCCGUGCGGCUGAAUCUCAAGACAUUCCAGUCACUGAUGACCUGCAGAACCUACAAACUGGCCACGGUGCCGCGCAAUGGACUAAAUGGAUCAACCGUGAUACAGGCCGCCGCAGUGAUGCCGCUCAUGCAUAUGUUCACAGCACUCGAGAAGAUUACGAAAAUCUUUACUUGAAGUGUAAUACGAAGGUGGUUAGGGUUAUUAUUGAAAAUGGAACAGCAGUCGGUAUUGUAACCGUCCCAGAGAAGCCUCUGAAAGAUGAAAAAAUACAAAAAAUACAAAAAAUUUACAGAGCCCGCAAGCAGAUUCUUAUCUGCGGUGGUACCCUCAGCUCACCUCUCAUACUCCAGCGAUCUGGAAUUGGUGACCCUAAAAAACUUCGUCAAGCGGGCAUCGAACCUAUUGUGGACCUGCCAGGUGUUGGUUGCAAAUUUCAAGAUCAUCACCUUCUAUUUUCUGCCUACAGAGCGAGACCUGACACUGAGACAUUCGAUGAAUUCGUUCGCGGAAAUACCGAUGUCCAAAAGGCAGCUUUUAAUGAAUGGACCUCUAAAGGCACUGGUCCGUUGUCAACAAAUGGGAUUGAAGCAGGUGUGAAGAUCCGGCCAACUGAACAGGAACUUGAGGAGAUGAAGAAUUGGCCUACAUCUGAUUUUCUGAGUGGUUGGGAGAGUUAUUUCAAGAAUAAACCAGAUAAACCGGUCAUGCACUACUCCGUCAUUGCUGGCUGGUUCGGCGACCAUUUGCUUAUGCCUCCUGGGAAAUUUUUUACGAUGUUCCAUUUCUUGGAAUAUCCUUUCUCCCGUGGAUGGAUCCAUGUGAAAUCCCCGGACCCCUAUGAGGCUCCGGACUUUGAUGCAGGAUUUUUGAAUGACAAACGUGAUAUCGCUCCCUUGGUUUGGGGCUAUAUCAAGUCUCGUGAGACAGCUCGCCGUAUGGAUGCAUAUGCUGGUGAAGUGACCUGGAUGCAUCCCAAUUUUGCCUCGGACUCGCCUGCUCGAGCACAUGAUCUGGACCUUGCAACAACUAAAGAAUAUGGUGGUCCUGCUCAUAUGACAGCUGGUAUCCAACAUGGUUCCUGGACCUUACCCGUCGAUCCUGGAAUGCAGCUACCAGAGAGCGUGAUCAGCUCCAGCCGGCAGGUAAUUCGGGAGCCCAUCAAAUACAGCCGGGAGGACAUUGAGUGUAUUGAGCUCUGGGCGAGACGUCAUGUAGAAACAACAUGGCACUCCCUUGGUACGUGCAGUAUGGCUCCUAAGGAAGGCAACUUCAAAGUCAAGCAUGGAGGAGUUGUCGAUGAGCGGCUGAAUGUCCAUGGUGUCAAAAACUUAAAGAUCUGUGAUUUGUCAAUCUGCCCCGAUAAUGUGGGUACUAAUCCUUACAGCGUUGCUCUUUUAAUUGGCGAAAAAUGCUCUGUCCUGACCGCGGAGGAUCUUGGAUAUUCGGGCUCUGAUCUUGAAAUGAAGGUGCCCACCUACAAUGCCCCAGGUGAAACUGUUAAUCUCCACCGAGUUUAA